GUCUCCCCUCGAACAUGACAGCUGACGAUGACAUCAUAGAAAAACAUGGACGACGGCUGCACACACUGAGACACCGUCAGGCAAGUAUUGUGUCCACCAUGGCCUACAGGGACUAUGAUAGAGAAAACAAUGAAGUGUAUGGUUCCUCUAUAUCCUAUCUAGAUGGGGUGCCAUUCAAGAUCAGUUCUGGGUUCAAACCACCAACAAAGGUUCAGCUACCAUCAACACUUAUGAGGAAGACACGAGUGGCUGCUACAAGACAUGAAGAGUACUCAUUUGAAAUAGAAGAGGGUGUUCUUCAGUGGGCUCAUGAAAGGGAAAGACAAUUAGAGGCCCAGAAACGGGAAGAGGGAGAACGCCAACAAAAAGCCAAUCAAUUACGAGAGCAGGAAAGUCAAAGGUCAAGUUCCGAUGACUCUGAGCCUGACGAUGAAUGGUUGGCAUCCCACCAGAGUUCUGGUCCUGCAUUGUCAGGGGUUACACCAAAAGUGGGGAGGACGGGGCAAGUGGCCUCAAGUUCUGUGCCACUACAGCCUUUAAAGGCAGGACUGACAGGAAGUGAUAUACUCACUCCUACGCCAAUCCACACUGACUCAAACAACCAACACUCUUCAACAGCAAGUCAAAAUGUGGAUGUGUCACAGUUUGAAAAAGUGGAUGAUCCUUUUGAUAUGUUUGAACGCCAAACUUUAAACGAUAUUGAGGAAUUGAAGAGUUUGUUUUCUACUACAGACACAAGUGCGAAAACAACAGAAACAAACUCCUAUACUGCUAAUAAUCAGUCAGAGGCUGAAAACAUAUAUGAAAAUGUAAAUUCAAACAAUUCAAAUAAGAGUAAUAAUGUGUGCUACCCACCAAAUGGGUCAGUGGGCAGUUCACAUGAACGUUCAGCAGAGGCUGGGGAGUAUGUGCAAAUAGAAACUAAACAAUUGGAAUGUGAUGGCCAAGCAGCCACUUCACAAAUUGACCAUGGAAGUCUGCCACCUAUAUCACAAUCGAAAGAGUUUCUUGUCGGAAGAAUUCCUUUACCACCUAUUGGAAGCAAUGGUUUGCCAUCAAUGGCACAUGAAAGGUUGCAUUCUGAAUGUGAGACUGGUCCAUCAUCUCAUUUAAAACACCAAAAAGAUGUUCCUCUGUACGAGAAUGUUAACAACACACAACUUUAUGAAAAUGUACAAAUACUACAGGACAACCGAGUUAGUUUCAAUGCAAACAAAUACUCCAGGAACAAUCUUAAUUCGCCAACACCAGUUCCCCCUCGAAACCGACCUAACUAUGUAAACGUGAUGCCACAGGGACUAGGUACAGCAGGCACGGUCACAGGAACUGGAGACAAUCCCGCUGGAAUGCGUAAUGCUCUUAGCUCACCAGAUAUUUCGAGCAUCAAUAGUUUGGGACUUCAUGACUAUGACAACACCAGGAAUAUAUCCUCUAUGUUUUCUCGAUCUCCUCCCCCUAGACCCUCAUCACAACAGGAUCUGACUGCCAUAUGCAUGCCUGAGAUAAAUCCACCAAGUUGGAACAAGUAUCAGCCUCUGCCCGUCACCAUUCCCAGUAACCUAGAAACCAUGCCCGGCUCCUCCAAGAGUAGUAGUAGCAGUGACCUUGCCAGCCCGUCAGAAAUUGACCCCUACCUUCGUUUGUCACCAGAAGCUCAGCGUGCCGUCGACAACUUUGUCAGUAUGGGUUUCUCCAAACCCCGUUCUGCACGUGCUGUUGAGAAGUUUGGGAAGGAUGACAAGGAAGUGAUUGAACACCUUUGUGGAGUGAACAACUUGUCGGAGAAAGGAUUCGACACGCACCAUGCUGAGACUGUCCUACUUCUGUAUAACAAUGACGUCAAAAAGGCAGAGAAAUAUUUGGACACGUUCCACCAGUUCAAAGAAUUGGGUUUUAGCCAUGACAGAAUCAAAGAAGCUUUAGUCACAAACAAUCUGGACAGAGAAAAGGCUUUGGAUUACCUGACAACCUGACAGGGCUCUUGGCUUUCUCUAAUGACCUUUUGACCCUUAGAAUAAAUCAAACAACAAUGGAAACUCAGCAGAUUCAGUCACUAGCUGUGAUCCAGAAAGUGCAGGACAGCAAAGAAUGGAAAGGUCACAAAACUUAGACCUUACAAAGUGUUCUGAUGGCAUGCUCUUCGGUCAAGACCUUUGACCUGUUGAACUUCCUGUUGUGAAAUACAGACAGGAAUUGUGAAAGCAGUUUUGUGAUAUUUCAAAGAAACAUUGAACUUUGACCAAAUUACUAGUAGACAAAGAGUUAUCUCCCUUUCUACUGAAGGGCUAUGAUUGUGUUUAUUUUUCGUGAGGAAGGGAACUACUAGUAUAGCCCAGAAAACUCCAAUGUCAUCCUAUUGACCUGUUGGAUCUAAGACAAUGACAUAGAACAAAUUUAUACUGCUAUAUUUAUCAGAUCCAGUCAUGAUAAAUGCCAAUGAUAAAUAACAAAAUGAGAUAUGAUGAUCUUGUAUCAGAAAUUUGUGUUAAAUUUUGGCUCAUAUAACUAAGGGGCAUUUAACUAAUCAGGUAAUAAAUGAUAUACAUACAAUAUUUUACUUAAAAUUUAACGUAGCUUUGUAUGUCAGACUAAUCAUGAGAAGUAUUACACAAUAAUAAGCACGGAAGUAUGUAGUGGUAUGGAGUAAUUGUGAACUUAAACAGAUCUGUGUACAGGGAGCUAUCUAACCAGACACAUAUCUUGUUUUGAUGUGUAUCCUUCAGCAUUUUUGAUGAUUUCAUAUAUAGACAUAAGUGGAUUACUUAGUGGUAUGGAAUAAACUUUAGAUGAACUCAAGCUUUCAUCAUCCUCUAAAUUCCAGAGGCUAGGCUCAAAUAUGUUCUCUGCACCCCUAGAAUAUGUCAUGAUGAAAGGGAAGGCUCCGCACGUUUGACAUUGUUGAUGAUACAAGUAGAUCAGUUUUAUUUUUUGUUGUAGAUCAAAAAAAUUGUUCAAUAACAUUUCGAUAAAAUUUUCAAAGGACAGGUAUUGGCAAUGUGUAAGCAUUACUACCAGUUACUAUACCUACAAUUUUGAGGAUGUUGUUUUUGUAUUCGUUGUUAAGCUUAAAUUUACAUUGUAUUCCAUUCAGAUUUUGUCAGAAACGAACGCCAGCAGUGUUUCCAAAUAUUAAACAUAAACUCAUCUUGCAUUCCUGUAGUAGAGCCUUGCAUCAGUGAUUUACAUGGGGUUGAUUUAAGGCUUUUAUAAUGCCCUUACCUCUAGAUAAUUCCUGCUGUAUUUUUCGAAUGUCAUGCAUAAAUCUCUAUAUUUUCACAAAUUAAUGCUUUUUGUGUGUGAUAUUUUCCUAAAGUCACAACAAACAGGCCCCUGUGGAAGAGAUGUAGACAAAUCACUGAUUACUAGUUUUAUUACUGAGAGUGUUGCAUUAUAACAUAUGUUUAAAUACACUGUAGUUGCAUUACUAGUGUAAUUAAAGCAAAAUAUACAUGAAAUACAUAAUGCACCACAAAAUCAAAUAAUAACCUAAUGGUCAAUAGAAUAUAUUUCUUUAUUGACUACAGUAUAUACCAGUAGUUAGUUUCAAUACUAAACAACACUUACUUUUUAUCAAAUGUAAAAUGUUUGUGAUAACUUUUUUGAGGAAAUAUUCAGCCAAGUUAACAUUGGAGCCAACUAUUUAUAGAUCUAUUAUCAAGAUACUGACCUGAUUGGAUGUUUCAGUAUCUGUUUUAGGGACUAUUAGUUCUAAUUCUGCCGAUGUGUUCAAAUAUUAUAUGUUCAAAUAUAAAUAAGUGCUAUAUAUUGUAAGUUGGUCUGUCACUUUGGGAGUAUCGGUGAUCAAUGUUUUACUGUGUACAGUUACGUUUGUCCUCAGGACAGCUUAUAUAGUCACCACAGUCCACAUAUUGUCUAAUGCUAGCAGAAAAUCUGAACAGUAUACAGGAAUGAUAUUAUUAAAAGUGUAUCCAAUUUUCUUGAUCCUCCAAAAUAGCUCUUAUUCUCAUAGAUCUAGACCUCCAAAUGGUAGAUCUCCAUUCUACACUCUGGUGUGGGGAACAACUAUAUAUAGGCGAUAGAGCUAUCCUACACCAACAGGUAUAUAUAUGGGAUACACAGGUAAGGGAGCUAUCCUACACCAACAGGUAUAUAUAUGGGAUACACAGGUAAGGGAGAUAGAGAUAUCCUACACCUACAGGUAUGUAUAUGGGAUACACAGGUAAGGGAGAUAGAGAUAUCCUUCACCAACAGGUAUAUAUAUGGGAUACACAGGUUAGGGAGAUAAAGAUAUCCUACACCGCCAUAUGACUGCUGUCUUACAUAGGAGGGCUAGAAAAAAUCCUAUGUUUUCUUUGAAAAUGUUUUAUUAAAUAUAGAAAAGCUGAAAACAACAUAACUGGUACUUUAUAUAAAGACAGUUGACUGUGCGUGGGUCCAGUAACACUACUAUAUAAAGACAGUUGACUGUGCUUGGGUCCAGUAACACUGUACUAUAUAAAGACAGUUGACUGUGCGUGGGUCCAGUAACACUGUACUAUAUAAAGACAGUAGACUGUGCGUGGGUCCAGUAACACUGUACUAUAUAAAGACAGUUGACUGCGUGGGUUCAGUAACACUGUACUAUAUAAAGACAAUAGACUGUGCGUGGGUCCAGUAACACUGUACUAUAUAAAGACAGUUGACUGCGUGGGUUCAGUAACACUGUACUAUAUAAAGACAAUAGACUGUGCGUGGGUCCAGUAACACUGUACUAUAUAAAGACAGUAGACUGUGCGUGGAUAGUAGACAUUGCGUGGGUACUAGUUGGUGUUGUGUGUCUACCAUUCUUUGUCUUGAUGUUUCCACAAUUCCUGCAACACUAACGCACAUGAUAACUAUAUGCAUCUGUUGAUUAAGACAAUUUGCCAAACUGUAACAUAACACUGUACAUGUCAAUGUAAAACUAAGAUGCAAGAACUUUCAUUACAAGUGACUGGACAUUUCAGUCAGUGCAGUGGUUGGCUAUAUACUUAUAAUAUAAUUUCAUGGAAUAUUGCUCCAGUUCAAACCCUGUGCUAAUCAAUAUGAAAUUUGUGAUAGUUACACUGAAGAUAUUUUAUAGUAAAAGAUUGACAGGAGUGUUCCUGUAAAGGAUUUGUUUGGAAUCCAGAGAGUUGUGGGAGUUGUGGUAAAGGAUUUAUAAUAUAACAAAUGUAAAGAAUCAUCAAGGACAUUAUUGUAAAAGAUAUGUUUGUGGUCCAAGUGAAGGAUAUGUAAGAAAGAGUUAAGGGUGUGUAGGGAGUACUCAAUCAAUAGAAAGUGGUUCUACUAUAAUACAGUGUACCACGAAAUAUAAUGAGGACAAAUUAAAAUGAUAAUAAUAAUAUAAUUUGUAAUUACAUUGUUCAAGGGCAAUAUUAAUGCUGGACCAAUAUGGAUUUUAUCAGGGUGAAAAUUUGACUGGACGAGAAUUUCCUAGUACCUAGUAUCCAUUAGUUUGCAGAAGAAGCUAUGAAGUGUUCACCUGAUCAUGAGUCUAUAGUGCUGUGUCUGUUCACAGGUUUAACGGACAUGUGUCCCAUAACAAAUAUACUGUAGAAUUCUCUGUUGUAGUAAGUUCAUUUAGCCUUUUAAUCACUAAAAAUUGAGACAAACAAUACGUCUUUGACUGCACUGUGUAUUUUCCAGCAAGUUUUGGCACUGGAGUGCAGACAAUCCUCCAUGCAUGUUUUAAUUUAACUUUAAAUGUUAUCAUGUUUAAAUUAUUAAUAUUCUCAAGUUAUGUUACUGGUACAUGUAUUUUGAUUUUUCUUGCCUGUGAUAUUGACCCAGAGAAGAAUGAUUACAUACUCAAUCUGUGUCGGAUAUGUUAUCAAGUUUACCUGUGUACAGACAGGAUGUAUUGUCAGUAAAGUUACGCUAAUACUGUACUGAAGGUAAGCACACUUAUUGUAUACCUCUCUCUUGUACAUCCUGUCUAUUAGUGUAAUCGUGAAUUAAGAGCCCAUACAUUUCCUGGAGUAAAUGUACGACAGAAAACAGGUACAUCCUUCACGCUGUAGAUAUUCUAGCAGAGAUUAAAUGAUGCUAUUGGAAAAGUAUGAUCUGCACUGCAAAAUGUUAUACAGUAGUUGUUGAUAAAGAAAUGUAACUUUUAGUUUAUUCUAAAUUUUAGUUUGACUUUCAUAGGAUAUUUCAGAUUUUUAAUCAUUAAAAAAUUCCAUUUUUGUUUAUUUGUACAAAUAUCUGAAAUGAUUUUAUUGCAAUCUUUCCCAAAUUUAGCAUAUCUUGACAACAGUACAAACAAAUGUGUAGUAUUGAUGAUAAGCUUACAACCUGCAGCAUGGACACACAUUUCCUGAUACAUGUAGUGACUAUUUAUUGGUGUAUUGUUAAUUGUGUGAAGGGCUACACAAUGUAUUUCUUCACUUGUGAACUGACUUAGACCUUUUCUGAUUACGCAAGUAUCUUUUUGCUAAUGGAGUAGAAAACGUACCUGGCUUGACUUUGAUUUUGGGUAGAAUUUUAUUAUACUGUCUGCAACAAAGUAAGGGCAUAUAAAUGUACUGGAAUCUGUUUGUCAGUUUGUUUGUCAGUCAGUUUGUCUGCUGUUCUGUCUGUCCAUGGGUGAAAACUUGUCUGGACAACUCCUUACUAUGAAGGUAAUUUCAACAAAACUUUAUAUGAAUGAUCAGUUAAUCACAAAGUUGCACACCUCAUUUUUUUUCAGUUACAAUUUUUCUUUACUAGAAUAGUUGCCCAUUAUUUAUUUCAAUGAAACUUUAUAUAAAUGGUACAUGGUGGUUACUUCACAUUGGAUGGCUAAUUCUUAAUUUUCUGGAUUCAAAACGGCCACUUAGACUUCUAAUUGGCUUAAAUUGUUACUUAUAUGAUGGUAGUGAUCUUGGGUAGUCUUUAUUUUGUAGGAUUAAAAUGUAGUGGAUAUACUUUAUCUAAAAUGAUUGACUUUUAAUUUUGAGAUUCAAAAUGACAACAUGGUCUCAGAUUUACAAAGACAAAUACAUUAUAACCCAAGUGCUGUUUGGCCGACUUUGUUUAUACUUUGUAAUAUUGAUUCAUAGGGUGUAUACUUCAUGUCAAAUGACUGGCUAUUUAAUUGUAGAAUUAAAGAUGGCCACUGUGACCAUUGAUUCAUUGGUAGUGCAAAAUUGAGGCUAUAGCUGGAGGUCCAUUUAGCCAUAUACAUGUAUGGGUGAUAUGUUAAGGGAUAUACUUUAUUUAAACAAAUAAACUUUCAAGUUUCUGGGUUUGAGUUGGCCGCUGUUGAUUUAGAUGGUGUAUUAUUGGCCAUGGUCAAGGUCUGUUGGGCGGAUUAGAAUAACAUCUUUUGCAAUGCUUCAUUUACAACUACUGAGUAGUUUGAGGGACAUUUCUAGAACUUGUUCCGUAUAGACAACUGCUGAUAACACCUCAAACAGACUAGGAAAGUUCGCACCCAUCGUCAUCACUUAAUAAUAUAGUGUAAAUAUAAAAAUAUAAUUUUUCAUUUUUGUCAUUUUUACUGUGGAGGGGAAGAAAGAAAGGGCAUUAGUAGGACUGACAGUUGUAGUUAUUAAUGAGUAAAGAAACAAAAAAGUAGAAAAAGGGGUUAAUUCACAGAAAGAACAGAUGGUUUAUUCACAAUCAUAACAUAUGAGUACACUAUUAUAAUGUGGGUUAUUUAACACUGAUUACAUAUGAGAUAAAUCCUACUUAUUGCAUACAGGGUUUUACAUUUUGGUUAAUUUAAAUAACCAAAGAGCUGAGACAUUAAAAAUUCCCAUUGCACAACAACAUUCUAAUAAACAGAUGAAAAUUGCAUGCCCAAAACCAAUCCAUAAUUACAGAAUUUCUUUCCAUACAAAGGAAGUAAAUUGUAGCUUGUCCUGGUGUACGGUGCUAUAGCAUGUUUUACUGUCAAUCUAGUAUGUAUGAUUUUGUAUAAAGUAUUUAUAUUGAUAUUAUAUGCACAUAUCUGUAUCAGUAUAUUAUUAGCUCAUCUGGUCUAAAUGACCAAGGUGUGCUCUUGACAUAUUGCUGCAUCCAUUGUCUGUUGUCCGUUGUCCAACCGUCAACCAUUUUCUUUAAAGAACAUCUGCCUUCUAAAAAACCACAGGGCCUACCAUUAUAUUUCGUCUUAAGUUUGUUGGGCUUCAUUUCAUUCAAAUGAUCAAAGUCACCGGGGUCACAUGUUAAAAAUCUUCUGUGACUUCUAACAAGCCAUAAGGUCGUUUGUGAUAUUUAGCUCGUAGCUGGCUGAGUUAAUUACUGCCAGUUUACCUGGACCAACAUUUCUAUCAUCCUCGAUGUCCAGGGGUAACAGGGGUAACACUCAAUUUCGCUCUCUGCACCCCUGGAAUAUGUCAUAGCAUAUUGGAAGGCUCAGUUUGUGCCACCCAGUUGUUGAGACAAGAAGAUUAGUUCGAUCCUUUGAUGUGCAUCAAAAGAAUCUCGCGGUUACGUAACGGUAAAAAUUGACUGACUUUGAAGUCAGGUGUUGCUCCUUUGUCAUCUUCAAAGGACAGGUAUCAGCCUAGCGAUUGGUCAGGUGUUGUUUUUUUACCGGAGACCAAUCAAACGGCUGUCUUUGUGUCUUCAAUUUUGCUAUGAGUGCAGAGAGCGAAAGUGAGCGUAACCCCUGGAGUAUCAGGAUGCAUUUCUACCAGCACAUGUUUAAGUUCAUGGCAUCUUUAAUAGAGGCCCUGUGGCCUUCUUGUUAUUACAUAAUGUACAGACCGAAAUUUGUUGUUAUGUUUAUUUGCGUACUUUUGUUGCAGACCCAUGGCUUUUAUUUUACCUGAAUUUUAAAAAGGUUUUCUGUGCUGAUCAGGGUGAGAGAAUGUGGUAAAAUUAUUCAGUCAACUUAAUACCUUGUAUUGUUUUCAUAUAGGUAUACAUCACAAUGAAUGAACGUAAAUAAAUCGGUUUGAUCGGAAAACUGGUUUAUUUUCACUGAUGUGGUUGUAUGAAAAUUGAUAUGGAUAAGCACUCUUAUCCCAUUCCAUUGUGAUUCAAUAAAAGAGAAAAUCAG